UGCGCGCCCUUUAUUCGGCCCGUCCACCCGACAGGUGGCAAUGACCCGGAUCCAGCAGUAACAGACUCGAUCACAUGAGCCGACGGCUGGGGGUUCCGCCGCCACCUGGGUUCAGUAGGUAAGAGUGUGUCCGGACUUAAGAGAUGGCUCUGCUAAUGGAGCACCACUUCAGACAGCUGCCCGCUGACAGACAGGUGGAAACUAGAGCUUUUCUGGAGGCCGUGUCAUACCUUCCACCAUUCUUUGACUGCCUUGGCGCGACUGUUUUUGCACCAAUUAAAGCUGACAUAACUGGGAACAUCACAAAGAUCAAGGCAGUUUAUGAUACCAACCCAGGACGGUUCAAGACACUACAGCAGAUUUUGGAGGCAGAGAAGGAAAAGCAUGGAGCAGCAUGGCCCAAAGUUGGAGCGACGUUGGCUCUGAUGUGGCUGAAAAGGGGCCUACGAUUUAUCCAAGUCUUCCUUCAGAGCCUGGUGGAUGGUGAGAAGGAUGACAACAACCCAAACCUCAUUCGAGUCAAUGUCAACAAAGCCUAUGAAAUAGCCCUGAAGAGGUACCAUGGCUGGUUGGUGCAACAGCUUUUCAAGGCAGCUCUUUUCGCUGCUCCAUAUAAGUCAGAUUUCCUGAAGGCCCUCUCCAAGGGCCGGGACAUCAAGGAGGAGGAGUGCUUGGAGAAAAUCAGAAAAUUCCUCAUCAACUUCUCUGCCACUGUUGAUGCUAUCUAUGAGAUGUACAAUAAGAUGAAUGCUGACCUUGACUACACAGUGUGACUGCUGGACGUAGGCAGUCUACACUUCUGCAGUCUACAUCUUGACUUGGCUCCCUUCAGAUUAUCUGACAGCUCACUGUGAGAGUUUUUGUAUAAUACCCGUCGUCAUUACACGUCAAGUGUUUGUGCACUUUCAACCAUCUGUGUGCCUGCUCUGUCUUUCUCUGUACACCUUUUCCUCACUGUUGUUUUUGAUCCUGGGGGCAAAUUUUCCAAAGCACCUGCAGAUUGAAACGCUGUAUUUCUUUAUUCUCCAUUUGAGGAGUCUUGUCUCUUUAUAGGAAAGAUAUUUUACGUUUAAAAGAAUUGCCAGAUGUUUAUGUGCAUGAUGAUGAGUACUCUCACAAAUAUGAGAAAGUUCUACCAAGAAUCAAAGUGCUAAUUACUCAACUGAUGUUUUUAAACCAGCAACGGGACUGUUACAAAAGCACUUAGUAAACAAGUGAGGUGUCUGUUGUCGACAGAUUUAAUGAGCCACACAACUAUCAAAACUGAGCUUAAUGCAAAAAUAUAAUCUUUCUACAGUAAUUUGUACCUUACAGUGAUAUUGUUUUGCAUAUAAACACUUUUAAUGCUAUAUAUAUUGAAGAAAACAUUGUUAAGUCUUAAAAUUGAAUUUUCACACUUCAAAUCUGUCCACCAGAAUUGUGUAUAAUACGUAUUCUAUAUGAUGAGGAAGAAACAAGCUGCAUUUAUUUCUUAAUCACACAAACACCCAGAAAAUGACGUAAGAAUUUAAAGUGUUCAUUUUCCUGAUGCGUUUGAUUUGCCCUAUAUGAUGAAAUAGCCAUCAACUUUUAAGUAGUAGUUCAAAAUAUAUAAAAUAAACUCCCAGAAAUGUAUGCCCAUUGCUUAUAUUUUCACGGAAACAAAUCAAAAUCCAAAACACAUAUCACAGAUUUCAGAGAAGAAGUUAUAUGUUUCAUCUUAUGCAACAAAUGCUGUAUUGUAAAAUUUUCCGGGACUUUUGGGGAUUUAAUUGGAGAUUUUACCUUUAAAUUAACCAUUUUACAUCUAAGUUGUUACAUUGUCCUAAGUUAUUUAUUACCUUUACCUCAAGUUAAACAAAACAUAGCCAGUUUAACCAGUAUCACGACUUACGGUGUUUGAUUUUCCUCACAACAUGUUGGAUAGAUUUUUUUUUUAAAACCCCACACAACACUUUGAAGAUGUACGUACACCGUUGUUAAUGGCUUUUAAUAAUGUACACAACUUUGUGCCUUAAGCUGGAGGUAUGGAUCAUUUAAGUGACCACGUCAGCUUUUCUGCCUUUAAUUGUGUAUAUUUUCAUACUCGUCACCUUGUGUAAACCAGGCAGGCCAACUAAGAACAAAAUGUUAAUUAUUACUGAGGGUUAUUACUGAGGAGCUGGUCUGUCUUUGCUAUGUAGGACUUCCAUAUUUUUACUAUUUUUCCAAAGCAAUGCUUCAUCAAGUGUUUGUCUCCAUCCACUCUGAUCUCAGGUGCUUACACAAAACUAAAUAUGUAGUUUUAUUUUAACCUUAUCGUCGACGAAAUGUAAAGUGUUGCAUUACGACUGUUUAGCCUUCUACAUGUUUGUUAGAUAGAUGGGAAAUUUCAGAUUACUUGCAAAACAAAGCAAGAUGUCAAAUGUGAAUUUAUGUCAAAUUUAUGGACAACAAGCUUGAAUAUAGGUUAUGUUCAUGGCCCCUGGUUAGUCUAUACUGUUCUGAGCUCACUGAAAUACUUUUCUGGCGUCUCUUGUGGCUGAAAUUAUCUUGCCAUGUGUGUACACUGCAAAAUAACAAAUCUUUUUUCAACGUCUGGUAACCAUAAUUU